UUCUAACACAUGGCGGUCGUGUAACCAAAUGUCCUUGCAAAACAGUAAUACAUACCGCCGGAAAACAACAUUUCUGUGUUUUUAUGAUGUCUAGCGCAAGGAAAAGGAGAGGACAGAAUUCUCAAGCACCGAAACCAAAUGCUGAAAAGGAAAAUGAUGCUCCGAAAGGCCCGGUGGAGACCUUUGACCCUCGGAGACGGUCCAAGCCGCGUAGCUUGCUGUCGCGGUGUAUGAACACGGGCAAGUACAUCCUGUUCGCUCUGUUCCUGCCUCCGUUCCUCAACUACUCCGCACUCAUCCGCGAACAGGAGAUCAUGCAACCAGAAGGUGACUUUGUUGAUGUUGGAGAGGGACAGAAGAUAUUUAUCAACUGUAAAGGAAAAGGUGCCCCCACAGUGCUUUUAGAUGCAGGGACUGGAAUGACAUCAGAUGUAUGGGAAUUCAUACAACUAGAGCUGGCUAGAAGUACCAGGGUAUGUGUGUAUGACCGGGCAGGCCUAGGAUACAGUGAUGUCCCACCACCGGGUGUGGAAAGUAGGUGGCAGCCAUACACUAUUGAAACGAUGGCGGACAACCUGCACCAAGUCCUCCAGCAGAAGAAAGAGAUCAGAAAACCGCUGAUUCUGGUUGGUGCAGAGAUUGGCGCUCUGGUUGCCAGAUUUUACGCACAGAUGUACGAAGUAGAUAUCCUGGGACUUGUACAGAUUGAGCCACUUGUGGAAAAUAUCUUCAGUGUGGAUGGUGGGGUGUGGGUACAGUACUGGUACAACCAAUUGUUGAUGUCUCUCCAAGCUCUUCAGUUCUCAGCUUCGAUUGGCUUCACGAGGUUUGCUCUCAUCUUCGGCAUGGUAGACCAACCAAUCACAGGGGAGUUUACAUCUAGCAGUGUCAAAAUCAGACAGAAAUACCUGCUAUGUCAACCCCGGCACCUCAGUGUUGCAGUGGACGAACAUUACUUCAUCAACAACAGCUUCUCACAAAUAAACACUUUAUGGACAAUGAAGUCAUUUCCGAAAAACAUCUCAGUAACUGUCAUCAACGGGAACUAUUACGAUGAGCAGCUGCCACCAGAGCUCAACAGGGCGUGGGCCAAGUCCCAGCAGCACCUGAUCUCUAACGUCCACCCUGGCUGUAAGCACAUCGUGGUCAACGGAGCUGACCGACACAUGCUGUACAAGAACCCCAGCUCAGUGGUCAACCCUGUCCUCAGACUGGUCAAGCAGUGGAAACACUCCAACAGAGAAGCCAAGAAACAAUGACAGAUGCCAUCAGUGUUACCCCCUAGGGCCACAGCAAGUAAAUUUUAUGGAUAACAUCGGGUCCACAGACUCCAAAGCUAAUGCGAGCAGGCGAAAAAAAAUAAGGC